AGUUUCUGUCGGAGUCGGCAGUUGCUCCGGGUGUCGAUGUGUGUUGUUGUUUUUGUUUUCGACUAUCGUGCAUUCCCGAGAUCCGAUUGUUGAUUUCAUAUAACCGAGAAGGGAAAAGCAACGGAUAAGGAUUUUUGUUUUAUCACACACACGGAACACGUUUAGUUGUCCCCGCGCGUUACGGCACGUCACACAUAUUUCUGGUUCGCGCAAGUUACACGCUCAAUCCGAUUGUCGAACAGAGAAAAGGCAGUAAGAUUCGACUGGGGUCGAUCGUCUGAAGCAAUAAUUUUGCACUCUUUAGGGAAACAUUGUUACAUAACUUUAGUCAUGCUAUAGUUGUUUUCCCGGACGGAAGGAAUCGCAUUCCGGAUACGAUUUAAUAGUUUUACAAUCACCGGAUAUAGCUCAAAAGUCGGAAUUCACGCUCAACUGGUUUCAUGCAAAUGUAGAACCGCUAUCAGCACUAUUGUAACCACUGAUCCGCUAGAAAAAAGGUGCCGCGACACUGAAAAAAGCAUCCACAGUAGUAGCCUUUGUCCAGCAAGCGAGCAAGCACCUGUAGUGGUGUCGUUUCCUAUUGUGCCACCAGAAACAGCUGGCACAGUGUGCGGUGGAAAAAAAAAAAACCGGAUGUACGUGUAGUCGCGCUAUCACUGCUGUGGCGACCAGUAAGUGUGUCUAUGUGGUCCUCCUGAUUCCUUCCGCGUUCUUGCGGAACACCCCACAGUACCCUUCGCAAACACCAAUACAAACAUUAUCACAACAGGCAGCAACGCCAUCGCUUGCAACAGGAGCAGGUCGUCUGCCGAGGCCAAACCCCCCACUAGGACGGUAAACGGGAGGCUCAACGCCGCUAUUGCCUGUGCAAGCCACGAGAGAGAGAGAGAGACAGAAAGAGAGGUUUGUGUUCCGUGCAUGGCCCAAUGUGGAUGAAUAACAGUGCCCGGAAAUAGAGGUGUCCGGUAACGUUAACCGGUUCCGAUCGUCACUUUUCCCGUUCCUUUUCCUCUUCCGAUACACACACUUUUCGUGACCUUUUUUGUCGCCUCAUCGUCGUCACCGCACACAUUGGCACACCCGAGACUGGCUGUGGUCUAUUGUUUUCGGAACUGAAUACCAGAAGAGGACGUCUCGCAGCGGGUUGCACCGUGACCCCCUAAAUAAAUAAUUCUAUUUUUUCGUGGCCACAGUUGCGACUUAAAUCAAAGGACCCAAGGGAGAGGACGUGCUUGUGUGGAGGAAUUUUCAUGUCCGCCAUCAACCGGUGUGCUAACAACAGACCUUUCGGAACGAGAGCAACAGAGCGAACGAGUGAAGAAAAAUUACCGACAAAAUUGAUUGUAUUCCACGCGUUUUUGUCAGCUCAAUAGUGUCGUGAACAGAGAAGUGUGCCUGCUUCUUGGUGUUUAUAGGGACGCAGGAUACCGGAUGCGGAAAAGGAGUGAAUAAUUUUGAUUGUUUUUGUGCUCGAGGGCACGGGUCACAACUAUUGAUCUACUCCUCAAGUGAAAGUGAAAUACGACGGAAGUAUCGAAACAAAGUGUAGAAAGUGACAACAAAAAAUAAGAAACAAUGAUCUGAUUUUAACUGAUACAAGACACGAGUGCUAGUAUAUACAGUCAAUAAACAGAAGCUGAUUGAGAUUCUAGCGGUUCAGUUUUGAGCUACGGUGCAACAAACGGUUCAGAAACGGCACGAUUCGGAGAAAAAGCGUUCAAAAUUCGUUUGAAAACUGGAAAGCCACGAGAAAGCAGCAUUGACGAUACUAGCCGAAUUAUGAUCGACAUAAAAAGUUCACCAGAUUAUCUGAAUCGAUCCUCCGGUGGAUCGUUCGGUAACUUUUCCAUGUUACUUGCUGAUUCAUCAUAUAAAUCUUCAUGGGGUUCGCACAGUUCGUCGCAAAGUCAAGGCUACAGUUCAAAUGCACUGAGCAGCGUGAGCGUCGGGAAAACAUCGUUAGAUGCACAUUCACACUUUAGACAACCAGAUCCAUAUCAAAUGUUCGGACCCACCAGUAGUAGAUUAGCAAGUUCAGGUUCAGGCCAAAUUCAAUUGUGGCAGUUUUUACUGGAACUACUGAGCGACUCAACGAAUGCUGCCUGUAUAACGUGGGAAGGAACCAACGGUGAAUUCAAAUUGACCGACCCGGACGAGGUGGCAAGACGCUGGGGUGAACGGAAGUCGAAACCCAAUAUGAACUACGAUAAGCUGAGCCGAGCAUUGAGAUAUUACUACGAUAAGAACAUCAUGACCAAGGUGCACGGCAAGCGUUACGCGUACAAAUUCGACUUUCAGGGACUGGCCGCGGCGACACAACCACAGACGGAUCCGACCUACAAGUAUCAGAGCGAUCUCUUUAUGUCGCCGUACCAUCACGGAGCCAAACUGAGCUCAUUUAUGAGCCCUCAUCACAGCAUGACGUCAUCCUCCGCUUCCAUCUUCCCAUCGGCCGCGUCCUGGGGCAAUUGGGGUAGCCCGGCAACGAACCUGUACCCGUCACACACGAUGUCCCAUGUAACCCCGUCCCACGUAGCGCCCCAUCUUGGAUCGUACCCACACUACGCAUGACCGUCGCCUACUACGACUUCCUCCGCACACCACCAUCACCAUACGCAGGUCGACAACUUUGAUAUUUACAAAAAGCUGUCCCCGUACGAAUAAUAGCAACAACAUCAGCCCCACGUCGACAGUGCGUGCGAACAGCUCUAUCGACGCAACCUAGAUAAAUGUAUUUUAGAUCAUCUAAGCAAAUGUCUCAACUUUUAAAUUUCUAACAAAAGAGUAAAAGAUGAAGAUAUUUUUAAUGGUAGAGUUACACCAAACAGCCAAAAUGUCAUCCCAAAUCAGUGUAUACUAGCAAUAUUUUUGAUGUAAAAAAAAUUCUCAUGUCACAGCCACAAAGAAAAUGAACUAGUCUUCUGAAACAGCUCGAGUCAUAGAAAUUAUAAUACUACAAAUAAUAUUAAUUAUCUGUACAUAGAUGAAAACUGUAUCAUACUAAUUUAUUUAUUUGUUUUAUUUAUGUGAUAUGUACAAACCAAUUGGCAAGUAUUAUCUACCUUACAUAAACACUAGUUUUCUAUUUUGUAACAUUGAAAGAACCAACAGUGCAAAAAUGCUAUACGCAACCUUUAACUAUUUCACUUGUUUUUAUUUUUAUUUUAUUUUUAAUUUAAAUAAACAAAAGCAAAUAUUCGUACAUACAAAGACUGUGAUAGUUAACGACACUUGUUAAAAUUUUGUUCUUGCAACAGUUUUUACUGCAAUCGUCUACAACUAUUGAGGAAAAACUAUGUUUUACCAAGAAAUAAAAAAAAGAAAGAGAUUCAACAUCUUUUCUCGUGAGACAAGAUCUGUGCUUUUACUUGUACAUAAUUAUUUACACAUAUAAAAAUACUCAAACCUAAGUGUAGUAAAAUAAAACAAUAUCGAAUUAAAUAUAACAAUGAAAGUCAAAGAAACAUGAGCAAUCUGUAUGGAUGUAUUGUUGAAUUCAAUGUCAAAACCGAGCGUCGUCACAAGGUAGAUAGCAAUUCCGAAAAAAUAGUAACACUCGCCUGCUGUAAAUAUAUUCUCGUAAGGCCAGAGUUAAUACAACGGAAAACACUUGAAACUAAUCGUAAUGCCGAAUUUAUCAGAUUGAUUGUGACUACAUUAUUGUGAAAUUCAUACAAACUCAUCUGCAGAAAAAUAUCAAAUAUUGAGUGAAUACAAACUAAUCAUCAGUGGCUGGUAUUAGAGAAAAAUAUAAUUGAAAUUUAUAUAAUUGGAUGUCUAUUUUUCCUCCUCUGUCCACCAGUUCGUCUUCUCAACCAUUGUUGAGGUGACUUGCAGCAAUCGAGUAAUAAUAAUUCAAAUAUGUCCAAUCGACAAAAUAGGCAUGGGGCAAAGAACAAGUAUCAAAUAUACAAAUGUUUAAAAAUAAAAGUCUUAUAUUCAAUUAUAAAUGUGUAAAUGGUGUGUGACAAAAUAAGUAAUGUAAAACCAAACCGAGAACUAAAUCAGUCUUCAUUGUACAUGGAAAAUAUAAUAAUUUAAACUAAAAUUGCUAAUAAAAAUUCGUAUACAUGUUUGA